CUUCAUUGAAAAGAACAACCCCUCUCUCCCCUCUUUGUCUCUUCCAUUUAACGUGUGGUUACCCUUUAAAAUAACGACAUAUACAUAUAUAUAUAUAUAUUUCCCACACUCUUUCACCAUGAACAGUCGUCGCAUUCGUUGCAAUGUUGGUCACGUCAAGAACUCAUUCUUUCAGUUGGAGUUGGGUCUUGUCCGUCCAGACGUCUUUCAGAAGAGAUUUCUCAACAAACGAAUAACAGAUAUUGUGCUCGAUCCCUCCACUUCUAUUGAACGGGCGCAUACCGGAGCAGUUAAUACCAUUGACAUAGAAGAGGCCGAAGCUAGAUAUUUGAUUUCGGGCGGAGGCGAUGGCAGUAUCCAUGUCUAUGACCUAGAUGAAUCCGAGCGAGAAGAGCGCCGGAUCAUCAAGAGUAUUGCCUCCGUCAACAGGAGCGAUGAUGGGCACAGAGGAGGGGUUUCACGCGUGAGAUGGUAUCCAUUUGAUAAUGGCAUGUUCACCACAUCAUCGUUUGAUAGUACUAUUAAAGUGUGGGAUACCAAUGCAAUGGAAGUUGCUUGCACAUUUGACUUGGCAAACAAGGUCUAUAGUCAUGCCAUGUCUUCAAAAGCGACUCAUGGACUCAUAGCAACCGCAUCAGCUGACCCACGGAUACGACUAUGCGAUUUGAAAACUGGUGCAUAUACACAUUCUCUUUCAGGACAUAGAGGAACAGUUUUGAGCGUUGAAUGGUCUCCUCGUCACGAUUAUUUAUUGGCAUCGGGAAGUACCGAUACGACUGUGAGGCUAUGGGACAUUCGAAAAUCAAGUUCAUGUUUAUGCUCAUUAGACCUACACAACAGCGCCUCGCCUCCUCUCGCAGAAAGUAAUUCAGCUCAUACGAGAGCUGUCAAUGGGGUCAGUUUUACACCAGAUGGACUAUAUCUCGUGACGACAGGGCAUGAUGACAAGAUGCGACUUUGGAAUUUAUAUACAGGCCAAAAUACCCUUACCAACUAUGGCACAAUGAUCCGAAAUCAGUUCGUUCAUAAUCUAUCACCGCUCAUUUCGCCUCUUUCUGUGGCUCCUCCAUCGUCGUAUUAUGUAUUCCAUCCAUCAGAUGAUCGGUCGAUUUUGAUGUUUGAUUUGAUGGAUGGGUCACUUGUCAAGCGGCUGACAGGAUCUUAUGGCCGUGUCACUGCCCUUGCAUGGAGACCAAGGACACAGGAGAUAUACAGUGCAGGAAAUGACCACGACAUUCUUGUAUGGUCGCCCAAAAAUAUUGACCGCAACAAUGCAUUGCAAGCUCUUGCUGAUCAAGAUACUUGGUCAGACUCUGAUAGUGACUAGAAUAAAU